AUGCGCGUAAUAGCGGAUGCACCGAUCAGCGAGCAACUGCUCGCCACUGUUCUGGAAGCCGGAUCUGAUCCCCUAGUUCCAGUGGACGCUGCUGAUACUGUGGAUAUCAUUGAAAGCGGAGGAAGCUUGAUUCCGAUCAGUGAUUGUAACUUACUGGAUAGUCUGUUUGGAAUUACGGCUUAUAGGCCGCCACCGACGUUCAGUAUACGAGAGAAUGAGUUGCCGUCGCUAGCUGUGAGGACGCUCUACUGGAAAGCCUGGCUCAUUUCGCUGGUGUGGACCUCGCUGAACACGGAUAUACUUAUCAAAAAAGCUUAUUACAAAUACCCGAAUCUGAAAGUUCUGAUGCAAAUCAUCCUCACUUGGUUUGUUUUUUUCUUGCAAAAAUCCUGUGGUGGCAAUAUUAAAUAA